AUGAGGCCGAGCCGCGAGCAGGCCUCGUUUGCCAACUUUCUCUCCGAGAACGUGGUCGUCGACAUCACGCCGCAGGCCGGCGCGCUUGCCGUCACCCGCGCUCCGGCCGACGCUGCCGCCACCCCGCCCCACCCUCCACCCAUCCGCGAGCUCGCCCUCACCGCCCGCUUCCAGACCCUCAUGCUGCACUCCUCGGUCUCGUCGGAAGACAAGCACCCAGCGUACCUCGACCUGCUCACUUCGCGCGAGUCUGCCACCGGCGGCGCGCCUGCCGGCGGCGCUCUGCCCAUGGGCGAGCUCCGCCUCGUCCACCGCUCGAUCGCCGACGGCAAGGAGCGCCCGGACCUCUCGUCCGAGCUCUCGCUCACCCUCCGCUCUGUCCGCAUUGUCUACGACCGCGACGAGUGGGUCCGCUUCUACUACUUUUGGCGGCCCGCAGACUGGGAACUCACCGCGCUCGAUCUCGCCACGAUUGCCGCCGGCGACUCGGACCUCCACGCCCCGCCGUCUGUCCCGCUCAAGCUCAACAUCGCCCUCCUGCAGCCGGUCAUUAUUCUCCCGCCCCGCGGCCGCGCCUGUCCGGCACACAUUGCCGACAUUGUCGCCCGCCUCAACUUCUCCACCAUCCACCUCCAGAACCUGCCGCUCAAGCCGCCGGCUUCCUGCUUCUCCGCUGGCCUCUUUGCCCUCCCGCUCCACGCCUUUCCGGCUGACACAUCGGACUUUGACUACACCGGCUCGCUCGCUGCUUCGACCCGCGCCGUUGCCGCGGCCUACCAGGUCGAUCUCGAUGGCAUGUGGGUCGAGGUCCUCCCCCGCCACGACGCCUCGCCGCACGUUGUCCUCGACCCCAUUCCCUGCCAGCUUGAUCUGCUCACCUACGACGAGCCGGGCGACCUGCCGUCUGUCGAGCUCUUCCUCCGCGUCGCCUCCAUCGUUGCUCACUGCACCCACGACGAGUACCUCUACUUUUCCUCGGUCUACGAGCACAAGCUCGCCUGGGACGUCUCGCACUACCAGGCGGCCUCGGUGCCUGCGUCGCCGUUGUCCGCGCCGCCGCCGCCGCAGAGCCCUGCAUCUGAUAGCCCGGCACCCGUCGACGACGCUCUCGUCAUGCAGAUUGUUGACUCGACGGCGCUCCGCGUUGCCAUCUUUGUCGACCUUGCGCUUGUCGAGCUGCUCGAUCCCAAGCGUAACGUUGUCGUAGCGUCGCCGGCCAGCGCGAGCACCAAGACCAAGGCCCGCGCCUUGCCAACCCUUCCGCCGUCGGCUGCCGCCGCCGCAACGUCCGAGCUUGUCUCUUGCCUCCACCUCUCUGGUAUCGAGCUCGCGCUCGAGCACAGGACCAACGAGCGCGUGGUCAAGGCUCGCAUCGCCACUCUGGCCAUUGCUGACGAGAGCCCCUCCGCGUCGUCGUCACCGGCUGCGCUCACUUCGCCGUCCAAGGCCGCGUCCAACGCACGGUCCGGCCCGCGGCACCUCAGCCUCCGCAUGGUUCACUCUGCUGCGCUCUCGUCGCUUGCUGCCAAGAACGGCAACGCUGCCACAGGCUCAUCAGAUGCUGCUGUUGCUACCCCUCGGGCUGGCCCAGGCUGCCGGGCCGUCGACGUCUCGGCGCCUGACGCGAACCCAGUCGCCGACCUCCGCAUCCAGCUUGUCAACUGCGGCAUUGAGCUCACCUCCAAGCUCACCUCCUUCGCCACCGUCCUCGACAUUGCCACCCUCAUCGUUGAGCCGUCAUUCCGCUCCGACUCGACCCUCGUCCGCGUUUGCCCGGACACCGCCACUCUGCCUCUGUCUGCGGCCUCGGCCGACGACGCCAAGCGCGCUGACCUGGCCGAGGCUCGCCUUGCCAAGCAGACGGCCGCCUACGAGGCUGUGCUGGCCAAGGUCGCCGACCUUGAGGCUGCGCUUGCCAAGGAGCACGCCGACAACGAUCUUCUCCGCGCCGACGUCCACCGUAUGGUCGAGAAGAUCACCCAGUUGCAGCUGGCGAGCAUGGGCAUGUAAAUCCUCA